AUGGGGGACACUGCUCUACAUAUCGCUGCUUCGGAUAGAGAAACAAAAAUUGUACUGGAUUUGCUGGAGAUCAUUGGAGAAAAUGCAUUGAAGAUAAAAAAUAACAAAGGCAACACACCUCUCCAUUUAGCUGCUGUAGUGGGGGAUGUGGAAACGUGUCAUGCAAUGGCCACCAAAUACCCCAAACUCGUGUCGUCUCGCAACAAUGAGAAUGCGACCCCUCUCUUCUUGGCAGCUCUUAAUGGGCAUGAGAAGGUUUUUCUUUGCCUUCAUACUCACUGUGAUGAAAAAAGAUGCUAUUCGUUUAGAACAAGUAAUGCUGAUACCAUUCUCCAUGCAGCUAUGUCGGGUGAAUACUUCAGUUUGGCAUUCUGGAUAAUUGAGCGGCACCCAGAUCUUGCUAAUUCUUUGAAUCAGGGAAGUUUAUCUCCCCUCCAUAUUCUAGCCAAUACUCCAUCAGCAUUCAAAAGCAGUAGCCGCCUUUCACUGUUGGAUCGUCUCAUAUACCAAUUUUUAAUUGUUGAAGAGCUAAAAGGGGGAAAAGAGGACAAAAAAUUUAUUUGUCCCCUCCAGAAAAGAGGAAGAAAAAUCAUCAAUACGGGUUCUGAAUCUCAUCAAGCAUUAUCUAAAUCAUGGGGAAAUAAGAUGUGUUCUUCUCUAUGUCUACCUAAGAGAGGAAAUAAAAACGAAGAUGUUAGAGAUGCAGAGAAUCCCCAACAAAAUAACAGCUCAAGGCAAGGUAAGUUGGGUAAUAGGACUUAUGUUACAAUUAGACCCGAUAACCAAAAACCCGAUAACCAAUUAGUCGAUUACCUAGACUGA